AAUCUACUCUUCAUUUUAUUGUUCACCCACUCACUCACUCUUUUUUUUUUUAUUAUCAUUAUUAUUGUUUUUGUUUUUAUAAUGAGCAAGACAAAUCAAUCUAAAGGCAUUAAACCUUCAGAAUUUAAAUCCAAACCAAUCGAAAAACCACUUAUUGAUCAAAUCUCUUCUCAAAAGUCCAAAGAUGAUAUACCAGAUGAUGAAAAACUUCGAUUGAUUGAUCAAACAGGACUUUUAAAGAAAGUAAAGAAAAGGGAGGCUGAGCUUGCAGAGCCUACAACUGCAGAAUAUAUUUGGCAAGCUAUCUUCUUGAGCAUUCCAUUUGGGUUUUUAAUGGCUACUUUUGAUGUUACUGUCAAAGUUCAAUAUAGCGAACCUUGGAAUUAUGCUAGCAUGAUUGUUAAAUGUGUUAAAUCUGCACCAGCAUUAGCACCAUUUAUAUAUUUAACAAAUCGAUACAAGUCAAAUCGAUUAGCCCAAAUAUUAAUGUCAAUAGGUUCAGCUGUUUGUGGAUCACUUUUAAUGUAUACUCUUCGUCAUUCACCUUCGCUUGGGCAAAUGAUGCGUGCACCUGGCUUAGCAACUAUCUGGAUUUAUUUUAUUAUUCAGUUAGAUCUUGCACCAGCAACGUUAACUUUAUUAUUAGUUUUAUUAUAUUGGUAUUUUGGUCUUCGAGUUUAAAAUACAAACAGAUAAAUAAAUAAAAUAAAAUAAAAUAUUACUUUUUGUAAUAGCGUUGGUAAAUAGCAGUACCAAUAGCGAUAGUGGCAACAGUUACA